UUCCACACAAAAAUCGAGCUCCGCGGGACCAGUCAACUCAAACGUCACGAAGGAUAGCUCAAUUCAACCUGGAGAGCAAAACAGAAAAGCAAACUGCACCAAAUGUAGAAAAGCUAUUCAAAGAAUAGAAUCUGAGACCCCAGGAAGAAGUACGCCAGCAUCUUCCAUGAUAUCUAUAAAAAAUAAUAUUUUUUCCUCACUUUCGGGAUAGAUCUAUUUUCGGUUAAACUCUUUAAUGAUGGAUACGUAGUAGGCAUAAUCGAAAUUCAGGUCCGACAUCCAACAAAAGCUGUCGCAAGUGCCGAAAAAUAAUAUCAUCCAAAUGCCCAUCUAAGGCAUCUUUGAAAUCAUUUCAAGCUCAAGCAAGCUCUUGGUCCAUCAAGAGCAAUGGGUCAAGAGCGUUAAUAAAAUGUACUACAGCCUUGAAGGAGAAACUUAGCAGUAAAGAUCAGCUGGAUGAUUACCUUUUGUUAGAUGGUCCAGUUUACAUUAGAAAGAAAUGUUUGGACGUGACUGGUGGCACCUGUAGAGGUACCUGUUGUUCAUCUGGAGAAGAAAUUGGGGAAGAGGUAGAAAUAACUGGGCUUGAAACUGAUGAGGAAAUUAAUAAACAACGUUGCCAAGAGUGCCUUGAAUGCUGCCAUGAAGAGAAAUGUGGGGAGAAAAAGAUCUGCGAUGACAAUACUAACGAUAUAAUCGCUAAUUAUGAGAAGCUUUAUCUGCAGGCCCAGAGCUAUUCUGAAGAACCUAAAGAAAUAGAAGAAAAAGCUAUGUAUGAUCCAUUUGCCAUGUACAUAUCGGCGUUUUCCAAAACCCACGGAGAGACUCCUGGAGAUGGCAAGUACCACUUCCUCAUGAACGACGCGGCUUGUUCAGCACCCUCUGAUGAUCCAGAUGACAAUAACAUCAUCGUAGCCACAAGUAGCCGACCACAGUCACCUGUAUGCAUUGUGAGCCAGGACACGACUUGUACAGCUGAUACGAUCUCCGAAAAAAGCACGCAUGACAGUCAAAGUACCCCCACUUCAGAUGAUGUCAGUGACGCUUCCAUACUUAUCGGAACAUUAGAUGCAGAUCAAGAGGAAGCAGAACAAAAGGAAGAUGAAGCAGAAGAAAAAGGAGCAGACGACGAAAAGGGAGUAGGUGAAGAAGGUAAAAUAGAAUCAGAAGGAGAAGAUAACAAAGAGGGGGAAAGAAGAAACAGUAAAGUGAGUUGGGGUGGCUAUGAUGACGCCGCCACAGUGGAUAUUGUAUUGUCUGAAGAAGACCACAAUGACAAUCUAUCACAUGUGCAAAUCUCCGAAAGUACAAACCGUUCAUCUGAUGCAUGGAGAUAUUCCACGGUUGAAAGAGCGAGACCAGGCAAAAAGAGCACCAGUUUCGUCAAAAAAUCUUUGAUAAAUGGACAUUUAGAGUCGCCACCCCCUCCGCCUCCGACAAAAAGGAAGUGGUGCGGCUUCUUCAGAAGAAAUAAAAACAAACCAGAUAGAAAACUGAAAGCCACUAAAUCAAAAUCAGAAACGUUCGAUAACGAUUUAGAUUCUACGGAGUCCAGCGAAAUAUCUUUGGAUGAAAGCAGACGUGACAGUAUGAAGAGCCUGUAAAUCACAGUUGGACAGGUUGAAUAAAGGCUUCUACGUCUCAGGAUAUUCAACUCGGCGGAAUCAGAAUCAACACUCUACAGAACACAAUAUUGUAUAAGGCAAUAAAGAAACAAGUAACUCAU